AUGAGUUCAUUUCGUGCUGCAACCAGACCAUUCAUAGCCAACUGUUGGAAGAUAAACAGUAAUAGAGUAUAUAUCAAAGCGUUCUCUAGUGUGCGCAAUUUUCCAUUUGGAGUAUGCAGAGAAAGUUCGCCAGCACCUGCCGAGGGAUUUAUGCCCGGAUUAGCUCGUUCGAAACUGUUAAAGCAUACUCACGAAGAAGCUCUGAAAAAUCCAGAGUUGGUUGAUACUGGUGUUGUCGGAGGAGAGACGAAGAAGAUGAAUUUUCUUCAAGGAGUAAAUGAUGCCAUGUGUAUAACGUUGGCAACAGACGAAACAGCUGUUGUAUUUGGAGAAGAUGUUUCAUUUGGUGGCGUAUUUCGAUGCACUCUGGGACUGGCAGAAAUGUUUGGUAAAGAUCGUGUUUUUAAUACCCCGCUUUCCGAACAAGGAAUAGUUGGCUUUGGCAUUGGUAUGGCUUCGGUGGGCCAUACCGCUAUAGCCGAAAUACAAUUUGCAGAUUACAUAUUUCCCGCAUUUGAUCAAUUAGUCAAUGAAGCGGCAAAGUAUCGUUAUCGCAGCGGCAAUGAAUUCAGCAUUGGCGGUUUAACUGUGCGAUCACCCAGUUCAGCAGUUGGACAUGGUGCACAUUAUCAUUCGCAAAUGCCCGAAGCAUACUUUGCACACACGCCUGGACUCAAAGUCGUAAUUCCACGAAGUCCCAUACAAGCAAAGGGUCUUUUACUGGCAUCAAUAAAAGAUCCUAAUCCGGUGAUAUUUUUUGAACCAAAGAUUCUCUACCGUGCAGCUGGUAAUUAUGAGUAUAACGGCGGUUAUAGUGAUAAUAGAGGUCCACUGAUCAAAAUCGAACAAGUUCCAACAGGCGAUUAUGAACUCCCUUUGGGCAAAGCAGAAGUGCUCAAACGAGGCAAGGACGUCACCGUAGUUGGAUAUGGAUCUCAAAUCUACACCCUCGAAAUAGCCAUUCAGAUGGCUGAGAAACAUAUUCCCGGACUCUCGUGCGAAUUGAUCGACCUUCGAACAAUUCUUCCGUGGGAUGUUGACACCGUUGCAAAAUCGGUAGAUAAAACGGGUCGGUUGGUCAUUGCACAUGAAGCACCAAAGACCGCUGGAUUUGGAGCCGAGAUUGCGGCUAGUGUGAUGGAGAGAUGUUUUCUGAGAUUAGAGUCGCCGAUACAGAGAGUUUGUGGAUGGGAUACCCCAUUCCCGCUUGUGUUUGAGAAGUUUUACUUGCCCGACGUGACCCGGUGUUUUGAAGCUAUUAAGAAAGCAGCCGAGUAUUGA